AAGACCACUAAUAAUAUCAUCUUACUUGCUCCAUACCAUACCAUUCCUUAGAGAUCUCUAAAAUGGCUUUUUCUCUCUCAAAAGUUCAACUUCUUCCCUUCACUAAAAAUCAUAAAAAUUCAUUUUUGUCUCAAAAUUCUUUUCUUAAGGAUAUUUCUAUGCAAAAAUAUCUGACAGAAAGGUCACAAGUUCGAAUUCUAAAAAAUAAGCCAACUUCAAUACAAGUUUUAUCAAGAGAAAAUGAUGCAUUGACUUCUAAUACUAUUGAGCCUUGGAGAGAAAAUGGAAUCGAGAAGGAAGGUAUUGAGAAAGAGUUAGUGGAUCAUUGGAGGGAGAUUCUUGGAGAGAAUGAUUGGGUUGGGCUACUUGACCCGAUGGAUAAACUUCUUCGGGCCGAGUUGAUCCGAUAUGGGGAAAUGGCCCAAGCUUGUUAUGAUGGGUUUGACUUUGAUCCUUUUUCAAAGUAUUGUGGGAGUUGUAAAUACCCCAGGGAAAUGUUCUUUAAGGGCUUAGAAAUGGAGGGUCAUGGCUAUGAAGUGACUCGUUAUUUGUAUGCCACGUCCAAUAUUAACUUGCCCAACUUUUUUAGGAACUCCAGGUGGCCUAAGGUUUGGUCAAAAAAUGCUAAUUGGAUUGGUUAUGUGGCUAUAUCUAAUGAUGAGACGUCCAAAAAAUUGGGCCGUAGGGACAUCAUUAUUUCAUGGAGGGGAACCGUGACCCGACUUGAAUGGAUCCAUGAUCUAAUGGACUUCCUAAGGUCCGUCUCGGACGAGCAGAUCCCAUGUCCGGACCGAAAUGUUAAAGCUGAAGCCGGGUUUUUAGAUCUUUAUACCGAUAAGGAUAAGAAUUGUCGGUAUUGCAAGUUCUCAGCUCGAGAGCAAAUUCUAUCAGAGGUCAAACGUCUUUGUGAAUUGUACCACAAUGAGGAAAUUAGUGUAACUGUAACGGGCCAUAGCUUGGGUAGUGCCCUAGCAAUAUUAAGUGCUUACGAUAUAGCUGAGACAGGCCUUAACAUAGGCCCGAACAACCAAGCCAGACCUAUAUGUGUGUUCUCAUUCUCAGGCCCACGAGUUGGGAAUGAAAGGUUUAAGGAGAGGUUAGACGAGUUAGGGGUGAAAGUUCUGCGAUUAGUAAAUGUGCACGAUAUGGUGCCUAAGGCACCAGGGUUAGUGUUUAAUGAACACUCCCCAAUGGAGUGGAUGAAAAUAGCCAAAGGAUUACCUUGGAGUUAUUAUCAUGUAGGGGUGGAGCUUGCUUUGGAUCACAAAAAUUCCCCAUUUCUUAAAGACACCAAUGACCCAACUUGUUCACACAAUUUGGAGGCUCUUUUGCAUCUUCUUGAUGGGUAUCAUGGAAAAGGGAAAAGGUUUCACUUAACAAUUGGAAGAGACAUAGCAUUAGUGAAUAAAGCAUGUGAUUUCUUGAAGGAUCAUUAUCAAAUCCCUCCUUUUUGGAGACAAGAUGCUAAUAGAGGAAUGGUGAGGAGUAAGGAUGGCCGUUGGAUCCAAGCGGAGCGAGCAAUUCUUGAUGAUCAUCCUGAUUGUAUUAAUCAUCAUCUUACACAAUUGGGACUUAACCAUAAUCACUAAAUUCUCCCUUCUAAAUAUCAUGUACAAAAUAUUUAUAAGCUAAUUUGAUUGAACGGUCAUGGAUUUUGAACUCCUUGGUCGAGUAUAAGGAGGGAUUUAGUACACUGGUGAAAGUUUGGUUUUGGUUUGAAUUCCAUACAAAUUCAAAUCAAAUUGAAUAAAAUUUGGUUUUGAUGUUUUCAGUCUAAAUCCAAAUUGAACCGAAUUGAAAUUUAAAAUACCAAUCCAAAUUGAACCGAAUAGAUCGAAUCGCACCAAUUUAUAUAUUUUGC